UUACAUAAUUAGGGCUUUGUUAAGCGCUGCUGGCUGGGAGGGGCGUCCUGCCGUCGAGGACUGAGCCCGAUUAUUUUCCGAGGAGAACAAAGUCUUGUUGCUAAUUAGCUGUCCUGCCAGCGGCUGCCGCGGAGAGCCCCGAGUUCCCGGCGGGGCUGCGCCCUGCUCUGUCCCGCUCUGACCCCUCUGGGGUGGCUUUCCCAGUGCUUUGGGUGGAAGCAAUCAGGUGUUGAUGUGUGCCGGCUUUGUGCCUCUCCUGUGUGUUGCAACAGGUAAAGCCUGAAGGAAGGGAGUCUGAGCUUUUUCCUUACUUGCACCUACACCAUACUUGAAAGUUUUCACAAGGAAUUUCCUGCCUCCAGCCCAGCCUUGUGGUGCUCAAGUGUUUUCACAUAAUGCCACCUCUGUGAGAGGUGCUCUGUGCAGAGACCCCUUCUCCCUUUUUGCAUGGCAUCCACACAACAGCUGCACCAGUUGCAUACAAAGAAUAUUCUGAAAGUAUUUCAUUUCUAUUGCACAGCUGGGUACAGGAUGAGCCAGAGGACUCUGGCUGUUGCCAGCCCCCGAGUUGAUUGCUGUGCUGCAGUUAGAGAACUGCUGUUCUUUGUGAGCCAGGUACAGCUGCACUCUGGCAUCACCUGCCCAGCACACUGGGGAAACAUCACAUAACCCCACAGUGCAUCUUCCAGGCUGUCAGAGCCUUUACAGUCAGGCUUGCUCUGCAGAGUUUCUCCUCCAGCCUUUGCCACUCCAGUUGUAGUUCAGUGUGUCAGAGACUGAGUUGCAGCUGGAACUGUGCAAUUAGACUUUCUUGUGCCAUCCCUCAGUGCUCCUCCCAUUCUUGCUUUGACAGCUCAGUACCGGCUGUAGUAGCACUAGCUAGUAUUAGCUAGUCUCUGACAGGCUUUUGCCUACAAACUGCAUAGAAGUUCCCAGAAGGCCUGCAAUAAUAUUGAACUACUCUUUGUUAUUUUUGCAGGACUAAAGAAUGCUCCCAAAACAAGAAUUAACUGCUCGCUGCUCUACAUGCAGCUACCUUCCUCACCAUGCAUACACAUCCCUGUCCUUAGGAUAAAAAAUAAUGCCCAAACACUCAGCAAAAUUGUCCUGUUUGGUAUCCUGAGUUUCCAUAGUGAAAUGAUUUUAUAAAUAAACAAGUGUCUGGUUUUCAGUGCUAUGUCUUUUCUGGAGUCACUGGAGUUACCCUCACAAUGAAACUGGUCUCCCAGGAGGAGGUAUACAUACCAGUGGCUAGUAACUGAGCAGGCAAGGAAGUCACCAAAUUACACAGUAGUUCGUCCCCUGAGGGGUAUCUUGGAUCUUCUUAUGCAGCAACCUCAGGUAGGAGACCCUCAGAUCUUCUGAAUGGGAAUGUCUGUACUCCUGUGAGUGCUGACUGAAAUGCUGAGCCAAACUGUGGAUGUGCAGACACUUGGACUUACUGAGGUCUGCCUUGCAGCACAGAUUGGCUCAACACUGUUUUUCACUUACCUUGAUGUCAGAGGACAUUGUUAGUUACACAAAUGUCACACCUCAAAACAACCUGCUACUUCAUGACACUUUGCAGCAACCUGAGCCAUUUUGCAGAGCAGGCUGUGUCGAGAGCAAUUCACUGCUGAAUCGAUGAUCUAGAGAACAUUCUCCAGGCUAAAUCCUGUGCUGUUGUAACAGAAGUUUGAGGAGGUGAUGAGGUGAGCUUGGCUGCAGCAGGAGGUGCCUGACUGCAGGACAAAUCUUCUUCUGUGUUACACAUCAUGAGUCACAGCUGUGUGCAGUGUUUAGGGACAGCUCUGGCAGUCACACCACAUAGGGAGCAUCUAAAGCAGCGUUACACUCAGCAGUCACGACUUCUAAACUGCAAUACUGUGACAUGCAAGUGUUGGUCGAGAAACCAAACACCUCCCCCUAUUUGUAUGUACAUCUGGGGGUGGUGCUUGCUGCUGCUUAUUGAGCAAAAAAUACUGGCAACCUCUGGCCUGCAGCACAAACCAGAGCUUUAACCAGGUCUGUUGGGUUUUGAGAGUACAGGCACAUUUCACACCUCUGAAGUGCAUGAGAAAGGAUAGUUGUUCCCCUCUUGGUAUUCAGGGUACCUUGCAGGACAGAGUGUCUGGGUGUGUGCAGGUGUCCAUAACCACUGGGAAUUGUUUGGAGAUUUCUCAGAGAGCUGUAACCCAUCUGAAGGAGCAGCUGCAUUGAUGCUACCACCACUUCCCUUGGGAGAUCCUCUUUGUAGUUGUGGUGAGGACAGUGCAAAACAUGAAACAAAGCUGGUGUGAACCGGGUGAUUCUUGGUGCCCACAGUGUGUAACCGUGGGAUGGAUUUACACCUUGCCAACAACCACACCUGGCCCAUGGCUGUCUUCAGCUAGACCUGGGCCUGCUUUUUCUGAUGUGGCUCAUCCUGCUGUGCAAGGCUGUGCUGGGUUGUCACCCCCUAGGCUGGUAGCAAUGCUCUUCUCAAGCAGGCAACGUGGAUAAAUGCCUGGGUCUUCCUAGAGUGCACAGCAGCUCCAGCGUGAUCAGGGAGUUGUCAACAUGCAAACGUGGCUGAUGAAUUUUUUGUGUUGUGUAAAAAGCUACUUGUAUAACCAUGUCAGAGUAGUGUGUUGAGCUCCUGUUACAAAACCAUAAUUGCGUUUCUGUUGUAGAUGUAGGUUUGGCAAAAUUGGGGCAGGAUUAUUGCAUUGAUUACCUGAUGGGACUUGUUCAACGAGUCUCUUCCCACACUCCCUCCAACUCAAAGAUCAGACCUGUUCUUAUACAAAAUAGGUGUUCAUGUGUGUAGCUAUUGUUUCUUAAUGUGUUUCUGUCCCAGUGUGGGUCCCGUUUAUACAGCUUGGAGCUCUCCCCGUAUUGGAGAGCAGCCACAUGCUUGCAGCAGAGAGCCACACUUUUCAUCUGGGCUAGGUUUAGGCUGUGCACAUAAUCACAUGUUUAAUACAAAGCAGCAGCAAAACAAUUCCUGCUUGUAGCUGCCAGCUCAUGCCACAGGUGUGGUGGGAGCUCUUGCAAGGUUAGACUUCUGAUUUUAACAUUGUGUUAGUUAAACUUUGUGAAAAGCUUUAUUCCUGGUGGUGGCAAGGAUAGGAGCAGCCUUUGGGAAGCAGUCUGUCUCCUGAAUCCCACUGCAGCUGAAUCAGUGAGAUGUUUGGAGCUGUCACUAGUGUGGAAGAGCUCUCGAUGCAUAUGUGUCAGGGAUGUGGGCUGAGGCACAGAUUGUGUUCCUCACCUCAGAACUUAUAUUGACAGGACAAACACCAGCCUAAGCAGAUGUGGCUGUGGCAGAUAAGGGCUUGUAGUCAGUGUAGGACCAAAUUUAUAAUCAAAUUUUGGGCUUCAGGUCUCUGGUCAGAUGAGAAUUAUAUUUUAAAAACCCUAUCUGAUCCAGCUGUGUGUAGGUUUCACCAGAGAUCAUAUUAUAUAUCAUUAAGAGGAAAGAAAAAGUAAAAUGCAGAAAUGGAAUGAGUCUACAUAGGGAUUGGCCAACACAUCUGAAAACAUAGAGGAGACAUAAUAAUUUGGGCUCCUGAGCCUUUAGGUUUUGCUAUUAUCACCCUUCUCCUGAAGACACCCUUGCCUUGCAGAGUGCAGGUGGCAGGGUGGCUGCUGGAGGAGGUGAUGUGGGCAAUUGCUGGAGUGUGGGAAGGGAAGCACUUCCUCUUCCAAACAAGCAUGGCUUUGUGCUCUCUGGUGCCUUGUCAAGGUCCUCCGGGCCCAGGGUGAGAUGGCAGCAGUGUAACCAUGGCAGUGUUUGUCUCCGGUUUAAUGACUCAUCCCGGAGCAUGUGAUCACGUGUGCAGCCUCCCUGCUUCCCUUUGCCCUAUUUCAUCCAAUCUUUUGAUCUAGUUAUAUAACCAGGAGUCAAGAGGGGUGGAGGGAAGGAAACAGUGCUGAAGAAUUGCAGACCAACCCCAGGAUGCCGUGUUCAGCGGUGACCACGCGGAGCAUGCGGAGGAUGGAGAAUGGCAGCGCUCGACUUCAACUACCUCAUCUCAGAGCGAGCGGGCAGAGCAACUCUUGCAGAACCAGCACAAGAGCCUGGCCUCUGAGGACACCAAAAAGAAGAGGGCUCAGAAACCGUCUCACAUGCGGAGGAACAUAAGAAAGCUGUUGCGUGAGGACCAACUGGAAGCCGUGACAAAGGCAGCCCAGCAGGAAGAGUUGGAGAGAAGGAAACGGCUUGAGCAGCAGCGGAAGGAUUAUCCAGCCUCUAUACCAACAGUACCCCUGGAGUUUCUUCCUGAGGACAUCGUUUUCAGAACAGCAGAGGCGACCCAGCUCCCCCCUCAGGUCCUGGCUGAGGAAGUGAUCUGCCUCGACAGUACCAGCAGUGGCAGUGAAGAUGAUACUAAAGGAAAAAAUAGCAUUAAAGAUGAAGUGAUUGAGCUGAGCUCAGGAGAGGAUGAUGCCCUCCAAAUUGUAGACAGCAGUGACUCUGGCAAUGAGGGGGAGGAGGAUGGCAGUGAAGAGAGCAGUGGCUCUCAUGUGAAUGAUGCCUUAAAUCAGUCAGAUGCUCUGGGGCAAGUUAUCGUCAACAUCAAUCAUCCACCAAAUGAGGAGGACAUUUUCCUAGCUCCCCAGCUGGCACAUGCAGUAAAACCUCAUCAGAUUGGUGGGAUCCGAUUCCUUUAUGACAACUUGGUCGAGUCCUUGGAGAGAUUUAAAACCAGCAGUGGGUUUGGGUGUAUUUUAGCACAUAGCAUGGGCCUGGGCAAGACCAUACAGGUCAUCUCUUUCUUGGAUGUACUUUUUCGGCACACAGAGGCAAAGACUGUUCUUGCCAUUGUACCUGUUAAUACGCUCCAGAACUGGCUAGCAGAGUUCAACAUGUGGCUCCCAGCACCUGAAAACCUUCCUGCUGAUUAUAACUCCAAAGAGGUCCAGCCCCGCACCUUCAAAGUCCACAUCCUGAAUGAUGAACACAAGACGACAGCUGCACGUGCAAAGGUGGUGAAUGACUGGGUGACAGAAGGUGGUGUGCUGCUGAUGGGAUACGAGAUGUACCGACUCCUCUCACUGAAGAAGUCCUUUGCCACUGGCAGGAAGAAGAGAACAAAGAAACAAACUGGCCCUGUCAUUAUUGACUUGGAUGAGGAAGACAGGCAGCAGGAGCUUCUGAAAGGGAUUGAGAAAGCUUUGUCUCGCCCCGGCCCAGAUGUGGUUAUUUGUGACGAAGGACACCGGAUAAAGAACUGCCAUGCCAGCACUUCGCAGGCCCUGAAGAAUAUCCGCUCGCGCCGGCGGGUGGUGCUCACUGGGUACCCGCUCCAGAACAACCUCAUCGAGUACUGGUGCAUGGUGGACUUUGUCCGGCCUGACUUCCUGGGCUCACGGCAGGAAUUCAGCAACAUGUUUGAGCGGCCCAUCCUGAACGGGCAGUGCAUUGACAGCACCCCCCAGGACGUGCGGCUGAUGCGCUACCGCAGCCACGUCCUGCACAGCCUGCUCGAGGGCUUCGUGCAGCGGCGAGGCCACAACGUGCUGAAGGUUCAGCUCCCAUCUAAGGAAGAACAUGUCAUUCUGGUACGCCUGUCCAAGAUCCAGCGGGCCCUUUACACGGAGUUCAUGAACCGGUUCCGUGAUGCAGGCAACAGUGGCUGGCUGGGGCUGAACCCACUCAAAGCUUUCUGUGUCUGUUGUAAGAUCUGGAACCAUCCAGAUGUGUUGUAUGAAGCUCUGCAAAAGGAGAAUCUGGCAAACGAGCAGGAUUUGGAUGUGGAUGACCUUGGCACAGCAAGCACUAAUUCCCGCUGCCAGCCUCAGGGAAUUAAAGUUAAAACAGAGAGUAAUGCUUUGGCAUCACCAGCUGGAGAAGCUACUAAUAGCAAGUUCCUCCAGAGUGUUGGCUUCAACCCUUUUCAGGAGAGAGCAAAUCAGGUCGUAACUUAUGAGUGGGCCAAAGACAUCUUAUGUGAUUACCAGACUGGAGUCCUGGAGAACUCACCCAAGAUGGUGUUACUUUUCCACCUAAUUGAGGAAAGUGUGAAGCUUGGAGACAAGAUCUUGGUCUUCAGCCAGAGCUUGUCCACCUUAUCUGUCAUUGAAGAGUUUUUGGCAAAGAGACCGAUGCCGAGUCCUCCAGGCUCAGAUGGAGGGGUUCACAACUGGGUCCGAAACAUCAACUACUACAGACUGGAUGGCAGCACCUCUGCCUCAGAAAGGGAACGGCUGAUUAACCAGUUCAAUGAUCCCAGCAACACCUCUGUUUGGCUCUUCCUUUUGUCCACACGUGCUGGGUGUUUGGGUGUCAACCUCAUUGGAGCAAACAGAGUGGUGGUGUUUGAUGCUUCCUGGAACCCGUGCCACGAUGCCCAGGCCGUGUGUCGGGUGUACCGCUACGGGCAGAAGAAGCCGUGUCACAUCUACAGACUGGUUUCUGAUUACACCCUGGAGAAAAAGAUCUAUGACCGUCAGAUCUCCAAGCAAGGCAUGUCAGAUCGGGUGGUGGAUGAUCUGAACCCAGUGCUGAACUUCACUCGACGGGAGGUGGAGAACCUGCUGCAUUUUGUGGAAGAAGAAUCUGACCCUGCUCAGCUCUCCCUCAAUCCGAGCAAGAUGAAGGAGUCUGUUCUACAAUUAGCCUGUCUCAAGUAUCCUCACCUCAUCACCAAGGAGCCUUUUCAGCACGAGUCACUGCUGAUCGACCGGAAGGAGCACAAGCUGACCAAGGCAGAGAAGAAAGCAGCCAAGAAGAGCUAUGAGGAGGAAAAGCGAGCGUCCGUCCCCUACACCCGGCCGUCCUACGCACAGUAUUACCCAGCCAGUGACCAGAGUCUGACGAGCAUCCCUGCCUUUAGCCAGAGGAACUGGCGACCAGCCCUCAAGGGUGAGGACAAACCAGUGGCAAGCGUCCGCCCAGUUCAGUCCACCCCCAUUCCAAUGAUGCCCCGGCAUGUCCCCAUGGGCAGUGCAGGAUCAACCUCAAGUUCCAACCCUGCUGUCAACUUUCCCAUCAACUACCUACAGCGAGCUGGUGUCUUUGUGCAGAAGAUUGUUACCACCACAGAUAUUGUGAUUCCGGGUACAAACACAUCCACUGAUGUGCAAGCAAGAAUCAGUGCUGGCGAGAGCAUCCACAUCAUCAGAGGGACAAAAGGGACGUACAUCCGGACCAGCGACGGUCGGAUUUUUGCCAUACGGACCACUGGGAAGCCAAAGGGCAAUGAAGACCGUCGGACAGCUGCCUCAGGCUCCCAGAGCUCUUCCCUGGAGUCCACGAGCAAUGGCAGACACAGUGCCUCAUCCCCGCAGCUCCCCAGCGCCGAGGAGCUCACUCGGCCCAUCUCCCCCGACAGCCCCGAGAUCAUCAGCGAGCUGCAGCAGUACGCCGAGGCGGCGGCCGCGCGCGAGUCCCGACACAGCUCUCCCAGCACCACCGCGGCUCAGGGCCACGGCGCCCGCACAGACACCGCGCCCGGCGCCGCCCGGGGGGCCGAGCAGCGCCUGGGGGCUCCCUGCAUGGCUCCCUCCGUGUCCUCGGCCCUGCCAGCCACCAGCCAGCACGGCGAUGCCCACCCGGUGUUGGACUUACGGGGCAACAAGCGCAAGUCGACGUCGCCGUCGGCUCCGGAGGAGCAAUCCCGGAGGCAGCAGAAGAAGCGCCAGUUGCCAUCGUCCGUGCAGCCGUACGAACACGGGUACCCCGUCUCUGGAGUUGAAAACCGAGGGGUUCUGAGCAAACUGCUGGACAACUUGUCUUUGGAUGCACCAUGGAAAUAAAAAACAAACCCCCCCACAAAAGUAA